GAGAACCUGUGCCCCAGGCAGUGCCGCUGUACGGACGGAGUUGUGGACUGUAGGGACAAAGGGUUAACACAGAUACCCGAGAACAUACCGGAGUCUGCUGUUGAGAUGUGA